GCCGCCGCCGCCGCUGCUGCUGCUGCAGCUGGAGCCGGCGGGGGGAAGCAGCAGCAGCCGCCGCCAUGGAACAAAAGAAGCGCUGAGCCGAGCGCGGGCCGUGGUGGCGGCGGCAGCAGCAGCGCCAUCAGCGUCGCCAGCGGCGGCGGCGGCAGCAGCAGCAACGCCCAGGCCGCCCCUCCAGAGACAGCGGCGGAGGAGGAGGAAGAGGAGGAAGCGGCGGCCGGAGAGCCAGCCGCCGCCGCCGCCGCCGCCGCAGCAUGUCGUCCGGGCCCGCGUAGCCGGAGCGCCUCGCCGCCCCCCUCUUCUCCCCCGCCUUGGCCGGCCAUGCCGAGCGGCAGCGCCUCGCCGUCGCCUCCCGAAGAGCCUCCCGAGCUGGGAGCGCGGCUGCUGCUGCCGGCGCCGCCCAGGCCGCCGCCGGGCCUGCUUCUCCAGUACCACCCUCAGCCGCCGCCGCCGGCUCCCCCUCAGCCGCCGCUGCUGCCGGACACGGGGCUGCUGAGGGACCGCCUGGCCGGCCUGGGCCUGCGGGAGCGCGGGGACGAGGCCGCCCGGGAGCCGGACGACAACGACGAGGAGGAGGCGGCGGCGCCUGAGGAAGGAGAAGGCGGCGGCUGCGGCGGCGACUUGGAGCUGGACUUGGAGGAGCCGCCGGAGGACGAGGAAGACGAGGGCGCCGAGCAGGAGGAGGAGGAGGAGAACGACGACGACGACGACGACGAGGGGUUCCUGGAGCCCCGGGGAGGCGGCGGCGGCCCGGCCUCGCUGCUGCUGCUGCCCCCCCCGGCCUCGCCGCCGCUGCUGUCCCCGGGGCUGGGCUCGGUGCUGCUGCCGCCGCCGCCCGCCCCUGCGCUGCCGCUCCCCGCCGGCUCGGCCUUCGAGGCGCCCGAGGCGGGGGCGCUGGGCGGGGCGCUCUACGGGCCCGGCGACGAUGUCCACGCCGGGGUGAUGGCGGCGAUGCUCUCGCAGUCCUACGGGCCGCCCGGGGCGGGAGUGGCGGCGGCCGGGAUGCCCCCCGGGUCGGUUUUGAACGGGGAGCAGGCGGCGCUGCUGCGGAGGAAGAGCGUCAACACGACCGAGUGUGUCCCGGUGCCCAGCUCCGAGCAUGUGGCCGAGAUCGUGGGCCGGCAGGGUUGCAAAAUAAAGGCGCUGAGAGCCAAAACAAAUACAUACAUCAAGACCCCCGUCCGUGGAGAAGAACCCAUUUUUGUUGUCACUGGACGCAAAGAAGAUGUAGCCAUGGCCAAAAGGGAGAUUCUUUCUGCGGCUGAACACUUCUCCAUGAUAAGAGCUUCACGCAACAAAAAUGGCCCUGCUCUGGGAGGGCUCCCUUGCAACCCCAGUCUACCAGGCCAAACGACAGUCCAGGUCCGGGUGCCUUACCGUGUUGUCGGGCUGGUGGUUGGCCCCAAAGGGGCUACAAUCAAAAGAAUUCAGCAGCAAACUCAUACCUACAUAGUUACUCCCAGUAGAGACAAAGAGCCAGUUUUUGAGGUCACCGGCAUGCCUGAAAACGUAGAUCGUGCCCGUGAAGAGAUAGAAAUGCACAUUGCCAUGCGCACUGGAAACUACAUUGAACUAAACGAAGAAAAUGAUUUCCAUUACAACGGUACAGAUGUAAGUUUUGAAGGAGGAAACCUUGGAUCUGCCUGGCUUACUUCCAACCCAGUACCACCUCCAAGUCGCACCAGGAUGAUUUCUAAUUACAGAAACGACAGCUCCAGUUCUUUAGGAAGUGGUUCCACCGAUUCCUACUUUGGAAGCAAUAGGUUGGCCGACUUCAGCCCAACAAGUCCGUUCAGCACUGGCAAUUUUUGGUUUGGAGAGACGUUACCUUCUGUGGGUGCAGAGGAUCUAGCAGUCGACUCCCCAGCAUACGAUUCCUUGCCAACACCUUCUCAGACCAUCUGGACACCUUUUGAACCCGUCAACCCACUCUCCAGUUUUGGUAGUGAGCCGGCUAGUAACGUGAAGGUUCCACGGAAAGGGAGUCAGCCAUCCACACCUCGCUUGUCACCCACGUUUCCCGAAACCCUGGAACAUCCCUUGGCGCGGAGAGUGAGAAGCGACCCCCCCAGCACAGUCAACCAGGUCGGCCUUCCGAUCUACAUCCCUGCCUUUUCAAAUGGCACCAACAGCUACUCUUCUUCCAACGGUGGUUCCACAUCUAGUUCCCCUCCAGAGUUAAGGCGGAAACACGACUGCGUGAUAUGUUUUGAGAACGAGGUAAUCGCUGCGCUGGUCCCAUGUGGCCACAACCUUUUCUGCAUGGAGUGUGCCAACAAGAUCUGUGAAAAGGAAGCACCAUCGUGUCCAGUUUGCCAGACAGCUGUUACUCAGGCGAUUCAAAUUCACUCUUAAAUAUAUAGAGAUAUUAUAUAUGGACUUUUUGAACUCUUAAUGGCUUGGAUGUAAUGGUACCCCCUAAGUAAACUUAUAACGAACUCAGACUGCUAUUGGGCUUUCUUGAGAUUAGGCUGACGUUGCUUGAAGAGCGUGUACUCUUUUCAAAAAGGCUUGUUCAGUUAACCUUGUAGACCUGGCCAAUCUUCCUCCACUUUGGUCGCAGCUGUGGUACCUCCAGCAAAGUCCUGGAAGGAAGCUGUGAUGUUGUUGGGGUGCCAGGGACUUAGAUUCGUUUCGGAGCAGGAGUGUACAAUGAGCAUUCGCAGGCUGUCCAGAUCUUGACUAAGUAUUGGCAGCGGUGGCGGUGAAGGCGAGGUCUCAGGUAGCCCCUGAGUGUAGAAACUGAUAGGGGGGAAGGGUGCAAAGGGCGACGAAUGUCUCGACAUACUUCCAGCGCUGCCUUCUUUACACUGCCAGUUUUUCAAAGCAGGUCUUGGGAUGCUUUUUCCCUCUUUACAACAAUGCAGGCUUAAUUUACCUAAUGUCGCAAAUAAUUUUACAGUGCGUCGAUUGGUUUCCUGCCAUUCAGCGAGUAGCCUGGUGAGAAUUUUUAUUAACACGAUCACUGUUCAUGGAGGACGGAGGGGGCAAAACAGGAUGAACCGAGCCUCUUCUCAUCCAGUAUGCAAUUGAGGCGUCUUAAGUGAAUCAGGAAUGUGUGGGUCUUCCAUUGCUGACGCCUGGGAAAGCCUUCUUUGUCUCAAUCAUUGCCAAGGGACUCAGGAGCUCCAGCCACGUGCACAGAGCGCCCCCAUUUGUAGCAAUUUGCUUAUUUAUUGGGGGGGGGCAAUCUUACAUAAUGCUCUGAAUAUGUGGAUCAGCACGACCUUCCAUUGAAAGGAAGGAGGCCCUCUGUGCACUAGGUGUCCAUCACAGAAUACAAGAUGCAAUUCAUGAUGCUAAGAGGUGUGACAUUUCUGUACAGAGCCCCUUCCCCACCCAUUUCUGCUUCCGGUGGACCUGUGUGGGAGGAAGGGGAAGGGGAGGGGUUUGCGUCCAUUGUAUCUGCAAAUGAGGAUGCUGACAUUCCAUUGGCUCAUGUGAUCAAGCUGUUCUUAAAUUAACUAUUUUAGAGAGUAUCAAGAGUAUAAAAAAUGUGAAUCAUUUUUAUGUUUCAACCACACUUGCACAUUAUGUGAAACUUGUCUUUUAUUUUUAGUCGUAUAGGAGGGCAAAAGGAGUAACAUCCACGUCUUUGUAUCAUUCAUGGCAAAUAGCCGUUUAACUAAGACCCUGCAAAAUGGUUUGUCUCAUUUCAAAACUACACUUCCCUGUCUUAAGGGGGAAAAAAUGAACUUCUCUAUUGAUUUAAUAUACAUUUCAACCUGUGGAUGUAUCUCACUACAGAACUUCAUCCUCAGAAUAUUCCCAAAUCUCUGCUGGCAUUUUUAAAAGAACAUCCAGAAGUUCUGGUGGGUUUCUUUUUUCUUCUUCCUCCCUCUUCCUCUCUUUCUCCUCUUAAAACGUUUUCUCUGUCCCUCCUCUUAUUCACUUUCUUUUUUUGAGCAAUAUCUUCCCAAGAUGAAAUAAUUUUUCUCAGUAUAGCAAAUUCUAUGUGUAUUGAACUAGUGAAUAUACAGAAAUCUUUAUUUUUUAUUUCCACUUGAAAGAGUUACAUUUCGUAUAAAAAAAAAGUUUACAGAUAAUGGUUUUUAUUUUAUGAUUUUUUUCAGUAUAAAAGUUGCCUUGAUGGCAUAUUAUUAUUAUUAUUAUUAUUACAUUAUGAGAUGCAUAACUUUAACGCUAAUAGCCUGUAGGAUAGUUAAAUGUCAGUAUUGAAAUCUUAAUCUUUAGCUGAGUCUUGUAGAUAUGAACAAUCUCGUUUACCACGCAUGCGUUUUGUAUUGUUGCAUUGUACACUGCAACUAAUAAGCCAAGGAUUCAACAUUAGAUGCGUGUACUGUUUCUAUAAACCACAGACUUCAGAAUGACAAAGCUCUCAAUAUGGUUUAGUAUUUGCUAAUUUUACUACACUCUUUUUGUUAUGUAUAUGUAGGGAGGUCAUAGGGAUUAUAAAUUCAAUUUGAGUAAAGUUUAAAAAAAGCAUAUAUUUUAUGAUAAAGGGCCUUUAACUUAAUGAUGGCCAAAGCACUGAUAUUAUAUAUUUGCUGUAAAGAGAAUUAUAAGAGUUUUAUUUUUCUGAUAUUAAAAAGUUACUUAAUAAAGACUUGUUUCCAUUAA